AAUGUCGCCUCAGCAAGCACUGCUCAUGUCCAUGCAUCGUCUGCAACAACGACAACAGCAACAACAGCAACAACAGCAGCAACAGCAACAGCAACAGCAACAUACACACGAACAGGUACAGCAACAAAUGCUCGGCCAAACAAGUUUGCCCACGACUUCCAACAAUGCACCGAGCCCUUCAUUUUGGGACGACUUCACUGCAGCAGACAAUGCGCAAGGUACACAGCAAAUCAAUGCUCAGAACAUAAAUUCUAGUAUCUUUGGCGAUGAUCUGAGCACUACACAUACUGGAGCAGGAGGAGGUUUAAUGCACCUAAACAACGUGUAUGGUAUAUCGACGACAGUGGUCUUUAGUCCAUCACAGCAGCAGCAACAGCAAUUGCUGCCGCAGCAUCAAUCUACGCAGGAGGCGGAGACGUUUAUGCUGAUGAGAUUAGAGUCGAGCAUAAGCGACGGCGAAAAGUGUGACGAGCUUAGUGCCGUCCAAAUUCAGGCCAUAUUGGAGCAAUCGCUAGCUGAAGAUACCCACAACAAUCCUAAUAUUCUCGUCAACAACUUCGCCUCGGCGUUCCAGCAACCGCAGUUAGCGCAGAACCAGCAGCUGAAGCUUGGUGCUGCUCCUGAGGAGUUGCGCCCGACCCAUUGGCACGGCAUCAUGUGAGAAAAGAAGGGCCAUGAAAAAUCAUGUAAAAUAAAUGAAUACACUGGC